UUCAUUUUUUAAACUUGACUACAAAAAGCAAACGGCAGUUGUGGUAGGGGGAAUAUAAUAAAAGUUAUCCCCAGAAAAAGCAAGCACUGACACAUUUUCACUCACACUUUAGCACCAUGAAAGCAUCUAAUAGCAUUACCAAUAAGAAAUUGAAAUCACCCAAUAACAAGAAAAUAUAUUAUUCAUCAAUGCCUAAACCUUUGUUCUUCAUCUUCAUCUUCAUCUUCUAUCUUCUUCUUCCCAUCAUAUUCAACAACAACAAUUAUCAUUAUGUCAAGUAUGUCAAAGCCAGUAACAACAACAAUCGCUACAUUUACGCGGCCUGCAGCUCUGAACCGGAAAAAUUCGAGCCAAACUCCCCUUACGAAUCAAACCUGCGCAAUCUGCUAACUUCCCUCGUAACAUCUUCCUCUCAAAGCCUCUACGGAAGCUUUUCCAUCGCCAACGAAACCUCAACAGACAUUUACGGUCUCUACCAAUGUCGAGGCGAUCUUAGGCUGAGAGAAUGUUUGGGAUGUGUUGAAAAUGUAGCCAGUCAGGUUCAAUUGGCAUGUCCAAAUGCUUAUGGUGCCAGCCUCCAGUUUGAGGAAUGCUUAAUCAGAUACGACAAAACCAACUUUCUAGGAAUGUUGGACACUGAACUCAGGUACAAGAAGUGUGGGAAAAGCGUGGGCGGAGGAGACCCGGAGUUCUUCAAGAGAAGAGAUGAUGUCUUGUUGGACUUGACAGUUUCUUCGGGGUUUCGAAUCAGCAAGGCGGGGCUGGUGGAGGGAUUCGCGCAAUGUAAUGGGGACUUAACUGCCUCGGACUGUUCGGUUUGUCUGGCUGAUGCGGUUCAGAAAAUCAAGACGGUUUGUGGGUCAGCUGAGGCUGCGGAUAUUUUCUUGGGUCAGUGCUAUGCUAGGUGUUGGGCUUCCGGUUAUUACGACUCUUCUCCAGAUUCUUCGGGCGAUGAUCAAGUUGGGAAGACGGUUGCGAUAAUUGUUGGGGUGGUGGCCGGCCUAGCGGUCCUCAUAAUUCUUCUUUCGGUUUGUCGGAAAUCACUGGCGAAAAAGUAAGCCUGGUUUACCAAGGUUCCAAUGGUUAGAAAAUGUCCAACUUGUUGGCAUCAUCAACAAUACUACUUUAUUCCAUUCCCUUCAUUUUUCAACACAAAAUAUGCAAGAAUAUUGUGAGUGGUUAUUGUACUCUUUAUGGGUGGCCUUCAAUAUUUUGAUAAAAAAAUAUUAACCAACUAUUAAAAGCUA